GUCAUUUCUCCCCAUUCCUUCCGUCUUCCACUGCGCACUUAUCUCAGAGAGUUUUUUUUACUUCUCUGGCGCAUCUUUGCACGCCGAAUCCCUACUUUCCAAUCACCCGCUUGUGUACGACGACGACAAGAUCACGUCAUCCAUGAAACUCCUCUCCAGUCUUCUGUUGGUGGCGGCGCUCCCUCUCGCGUCAGCCAUCUCCAAAAUCACCCGGACUGGGCGGUACCUGUACUCUGCCGAUGGCAGUCGUUUCUACAUUAAAGGCGUUGCGUACCAGACCCAAGGCGUGUUUACGGUUAGCCCAAGUAACCCGCUCGGAGCACCAACGACCUUCGUUGAUCAAUUGGCCAACUCGGCGGGCUGCACACGGGACUUGCCCUUCCUUCAGCAGCUCGGCGUCAAUGCUAUCCGCGCGUAUUCGGUCGAUUCGACUCUUGAUCAUGACUCCUGUAUGAAUGCCUUGAGUGCUGCCGGAAUCUAUGUAAUCCUUGACUUAACGCUCCCUCUCAAUGGUUCGAUUGAUACCACUAUUCCUACAUGGUCGACGAAUCUCUUGAAUGAGGCAAGUGCCCCUUUGUAGGUGUUGGCGUCAUCGUUUAUCUGCUCCCAGUAUAUCGACACUAUCAACGUCUUCUCCAAGUACGACAAUAUCCUCGCCUACAACAUCGGAAACGAAGUCGUCACAGCCUCAGCAACAGCUGCAGCACCGUUCUUGAAGGCUGCUGCGCGUGAUACGAAAGCCUACUUGGCAUCGAUCGGCUCGUCUGCGCUCGUUGGAUAUGCUGACAUUGACGGACCAAGUCCUUUUCGUGACGCCGUUGCCACUUACUUGUCUUGCGAUCCCUCUGGCCAAAACUCGGGCAGCUCAGCGAUUGACUUGUUCGGCUUGAACAACUAUGAAUGGUGCGGAAAUGCCUCUACGACAACUUACGAUGGCAUCAAUGCGGAAUUUGCCAACUACAAUGUUGUCGCCUACUUCUCUGAAUUUGGGUCCGAAGAUUGCAAACCUACAGCACGCCCUUGGACCGAAGUCAGCACGCUGUUUGCAUCGCCCAUGACCAAUGUCUGGUCUGGGGGUGUUGCCUUCAGCUACUUCAGUGCCAUUUCCCGCGGGAGCGACUUUGGUCUCAUCACACUCUCUGCGGAUAACUCGACUGUCACGGUCAAACAAGACUUUACGAACCUCGCGAACGAGUUCAAAGGAGUGUCGUUCGUGAACUCACCUUCGCAAGGCUCUGUCUCCGCCAGUUCGUUCGGUGCUUGCCCCUCGACUAGCCCGAAUCUCGAGGCCAGUUCAAACCUCCCUCCGACGCCGAACACAGGCGCGUGCUCCUGCAUAGAGCAAUCGCUCAGUUGCCAGUUCAAAGCCACGGGGGAUUUCAAUGCCGUGCUGGGCACAUUGACGGGCACCGUGUGUGGGCUGCUCCCUCAAGUCGGCGGAAACUGUAAUGACAUCGCUACCAAUGGGACGACUGGCGUGUACGGAUCUGUUUCGUCCUGUGAUCCGACCGUCCGUCUAUCCUAUGCAUUUUCGCAAUACUACGAGCUUAACGGUCGUGUUGCCGCAUCGUGCGACUUUGCUGGUAAUGCGACUGUCAACAGCGCGGCUUCGGCAUCGACCGCUGCGGCUGUUGUAUCUUCGUGUUUGCCCAGCCCGUCAGCGGUGUUCACCGCCAGUGCACCACCCGGCGCAUCGUCUGUAGCUACCGCUGGAAGCAGCUCGACCACAGCAAGUUCCAGUGGCACUGCUAAAACGGGGGCUGCCGUGCCCGUUGGUCCGACUGGUGGCGCUCUAGCGGGAUUGGCGACAGUCAUCUCGUGUGUUCUCACAGGCAUGAUUUGGACGGUUUUGUGAUCAUUCAGCCGCUUUUGGCCUCGGACUACAGUAUCGUAUAUACAUCUAGGAUAUCUUCCCCAUACCACACAUAGUACUAUUUGAAUCGAAUGCGGGACUUUGUACGUGA